GAGAUUUUUGUGAGAAGAUAUUCGCGAUUCGCCACGAUUGCCCGCCAACUGCUUGAACGCGUUUGAGCGCCGCCGGCAGCCAGUGAAGACGCUGUGUGUGUGUGCGUCUUCGUGUUUGUGUGAGAGUGUGUGUGCGCGUGUUUCCGUGUGUGUGUGAGUGUGUGUCAAGCCGAGGCGUGUGCGCGGAUUGGCUGUUGUAUUGGGUGGGGGACUAGCACCGACAAGGACAAUAGCAACGACGACGACGACGACAGCGACGGGAAAACGACAACACCGGCUGACACGCCGCACGCACAAAACCACACAAGGCACACACGUACAAGCACACGCGCGCGCUGUGCCAGGAUGGGAAUUCAAGGACUGUUACAGCUGUUGCAGCCUGCAACGCAGGAGAUGCACAUCAAGGCGUAUGCGGGAAAGAAAGUGGCCGUUGACUCGUACUGCUGGCUCCAUCGUGGCGCAUAUGGAUGUGCGGCAGACCUGGCCAUGGGCAAGAAGACUGACCUGCACAUCCAAUAUUGCAUGAAGCGGCUGGCAAUGCUACAGCAUUACGGCGUGACCCCUGUUGUCGUGUUGGACGGCAGAAACCUUCCCUCAAAGGGCGAAGAAGAGAAACAGCGAAGAGAAUCUCGGAGAAACCAUCUAAAGCAAGGAACAGACUUGCUGCGCGCGGGCCACCGCUCAAAGGCGCUGGAGCACUUCCAACGCGCCAUCGACAUUACGCCAGAGAUUGGACAUGCGCUGGUGCGCGCGUGCAGGGCGGCGGGGAUUGAGUGUGUGGUUGCGCCGUACGAGGCAGAUGCGCAGCUGGCGUUUCUGGCCACCAGCAAGUACGUGCACGCGGUCAUCACUGAGGACUCUGACCUGCUCGUCUACGGCUGCCCAAGGGUGCUGUUCAAGAUGGACGAGUAUGGCACUGGCCAGGAGAUCCGCAUGCAGCGCCUGUUUCAAGGGGCACAGAUUUCCACCACCAUCAACUUCAUGAGCUGGACACAGCGCCAGUUCCGAAAGAUGUGCAUCCUUGCUGGCUGCGAUUACCUUCCCUCUCCAACGGGUCUUGGUGUCAAGACGGCAUUCAAGAUUGCCAAGAUCCACGACAACAUCGACAAGAUUGUGCAGGUGAUUGCAUCACGCGGUAUCCGCGUCCCUGCGGACUAUGCAGAAAUGUUCCGACGCGCCGAGCUGACGUUUGACCACCAGCCCGUGUAUGACCCCGUCACCUCCACCGUGCGCCGCCUCACACCGCCGCGCGUCCCAGACCACAGCAUCGCCUUUGCUGGCUGCAUGCUGGAUGCAGAUGUGGCCGUGCGAAUGUGCAAGGGAGAGCUCCACCCCACCACCCUGGAGCCGUUCCCAGACGAGUCGUCGUCCUCAUCAUCAUCGUCGUCGUCGUCGUCGUCGUCGUUGUCACGUGCGCGCGUGAAUCCAGCCAUUCUCCAGCGCGAGAAGCAGGCCAAGCUCGACAGCUUCAUCACAGCAUCCGCCCGCAGACUCGGCAAGCACGCCGCCACACCACCAGCGCGGGUUCCCGCUGUCGUCUUCGUCAUCCAAGUCAUCACCGUCACUGCUGGCGUCCCUAACACGGCGCAACAGCCGCCCAUCACUGCCAUCGUCAGCGUCACCAUCAUCGUCAUCAUCCCGCAGCAACAGCAGCAGCAGCAGCAGCCUGCGUACACGUCCCGUGUGUCGGCAGCAGCGCGCAGGUCGUUCCGGCCGCCGGGAGCAACCAAGGGGCGCAGGCCCGCGUCAACCAGCACCUGCACCGCACGCGACAACGAUGGUGGUGGUGGUGUUGAGGAUGAGGGUGAGGAUGAGAAGCAAAGAAUGGGGGUUCGGGGGAGGGCCCGGAAGAGGAUUGUUGAUGAUGAUGAGGAUGACAUUGAGGAGGAGGAGGAGGUCGACGCAGAGGGCGAAGGCGCUGGAAAGGAGAACAGCAACCAUGCAAACAGCAAGAACACUGCCGAUGAGAUUGAAGAUGACGACGGUGACGACGACCACAACGACGAUGAUGAUGACGACGACGACGAUGGUGAUGUUGCACACGAGGUGACGGAUGGGCUUGCGCCCCCCACGGCUGCGUCCAAGUUCGGGCGGUCGAUUUCGUGCUCGUCCAUCUCUGUCUCCCGCGAGUCGUCAGCGCAGCGCAGGCAUGUCGUCAUUGUCGUCGCCAGCAUCAUCGUGUGCGGAUGUGUUUUCGGGCGCCACGCCGACGUCGACAGCGUCGCCAUCGCCAUCAAUGCACAACAGCCGGCGAUCAUCACCAACCUCUCCCCCGCCACUCGUCACGUCAUCCUCGUCGUCGUCCUCGUCAUCAAGGUCGAUUGCGUGUGCAGUGCGCCGCGCGUCUGCACAGCUGGACGCAUUUGCACACCGCCCACGCAUGUGCAUUGCACAAAACGACGAUGA